AUGUUGGCUGCGCUGGAUCGCUACGAGGAUGAUGUCGGAAGUAAUGCCCUCUGCGACCCUUAUGGUUUAUACUCUCUGUUUCUACACUUGUUCGCUGUAAAUUUUCUUACAUGGAAAGAACUUGAAUACAAUAGUCGAUCUAUAAGAGCUAUCAGACUGGAGCGAAGAGGGAAAAAAUACCGUCUUCUGGAGAAAGGCACCCGCCCUGGAUGUAAUUCAGUGCAGCGAACUGUCCCACUUCGCUCCAGCAGCGAAACCAAGCUCGAGGAUACGAUGCUGGCAGGAAGGUCCGCGUCUCUGUCCGGCCUGUUGCAAAACAGGGGUUCAGCUGUGAGGAACCGGAAUGAUGAUGAACGACCACGUAGUCGACAAGGAUGCUGCUGUGACCUGCAGCUCGGAGGAUAUCUGGCGUAUUUGUAUCGUAUUGAAUACUGCUCCUGCCUAUGCUGUUACUAUACCACAGGAAAUCAGAGUGUUAUGACCCCGCCGAGUGUGCCUAUCUCAAGCACCCGCAUGAUGUGUCACCUCAGGGUGAUUUCCUGGACUUUUGGCGAGCGCUUAUUCGUUUGGCGCCCAUUGCAUCGGCAGGCAAAUAAAUCGCUGCCCGAUGUGAGAGUGUUCAGAUACCCUUUCUCCAAGCCUGAUCUGUUGUUGCUUCUUACCACCCACCCACUCGAGGGGAAGACUGCUGUUUAUUCUACAGCUAGCCACGAAAUAGCGAGGGGGUCGCCCGGCCUCAUUUUUAAGACAGAGAAUGUGAGGAUCUCGUGCUUGGAGCUGUGGGCAAUGUUUAGUGAGCUAGUGAUCAAGCUGACCCACAAGAGCGACGGCGAUGUGGCAUACGGGGGGACCCCUGCAAAGCACAAUAGCAUUUUCUAUUAG